CACGGUCGGCCGUCAGAAAGGCGCGCGCCCUCGCCUUUAACGCGGGCCUGGGGGCGCGCGGCCCGCAUGGCGAGGGAGCGGCGGCCCGCUGCGGGCCGGGCCGGGCCGGGGCUGAGGCAGAGCGAACCGCGGGGCCGGCGUAGCCCCGGCCGGCGCCCACCAUGCGGCGGCUGCGGCGCCUGGCGCACCUGGUGCUCUUCUGCCCCUUCUCCAAGGGCCUGCAGGGCCGGCUCCCAGGCCUGAGGGUCAGGUGCAUCUUCCUGGCCUGGCUGGGCGUGUUUGCGGGCAGCUGGUUGGUGUACAUGCGCUACUCGUCCUACUCAGAGCUCUGUCGCGGCCACAUCUGCCAGGCGGUCAUUUGUGACCAGUACCACAAGGGCAUCAUCUCAGGCUCCAUCUGCCAGGACCUGUGUGAGCUGCAUCUGGUGGAAUGGAGGACCUGCCUCUCGGCAGCCCCCGGCCAGCAGGUAUACAGUGGGCUCUGGCGAGACAAGGAUGUGACCAUCAAGUGUGGCAUCGAGGAGGCGCUGGACUCCAAGGCCCAGUCGGACGCGGCCCCCCGGCGGGAGCUGGUGCUGUUCGACAAACCUACCCGGGGCACCUCCAUCAAGGAGUUUCGGGAGAUGACCCUCAGCUUCCUCAAGGCGAAACUGGGCGACCUGCCUUCCCUGCCGGCGCUGGUGGGCCAGGUCCUGCUCAUGGCUGACUUCAACAAGGACAACCGGGUGUCGCUGGCGGAAGCCAAGUCCGUGUGGGCCCUGCUGCAGCGUAACGAGUUCCUGCUGCUGCUGUCCCUGCAGGAGAAGGAGCACGCCUCCCGACUGCUGGGCUACUGCGGGGACCUCUACCUCACUGAGGGCGUGCCCCACGGUGCCUGGCACGUGGCCGCCCUGCCCCCACUGCUGCGCCCGCUGCUGCCGCCGGCCCUGCAGGGUGCCCUCCAGCAGUGGCUGGGGCCCGCGUGGCCAUGGCGGGCCAAGAUUGCCAUCGGCCUGCUGGAAUUCGUGGAGGAGCUCUUCCACGGUGCCUACGGGACCUUCUACAUGUGUGAGACCACACUGGCCAACGUGGGCUACACGGCCACCUACGACUUCAAGAUGGCCGACCUGCAGCAGGUGGCCCCUGAGGCCACGGUGCGCCGCUUCUUGCAGGGCCGCCGCUGCGAGCACAGCACCGACUGCACCUACGGGCACGACUGCCGGGCCCCGUGUGACAGGCUCAUGCGGCAGUGCAAGGGUGACCUCAUCCAGCCCAACCUGGCCAAGGUGUGUGCGCUGCUGCGGGGCUACCUGCUGCCCGGUGCUCCCGCCGACCUCCGCGAGGAGCUGGGCACACAGCUGCGCACCUGCACCACGCUGAGCGGGCUGGCCAGCCAGGUGGAGGCCCAUCACUCACUGGUGCUCAGCCACCUCAAGACCCUGCUCUGGAAGAAGAUCUCCAACACCAAGUACUCCUGAUGCGGCAGCAGAUACCCAGCCACCCUUCCUGGAGCCAGCCUGGUGCCUGGGCAGUAGCAGGGGCCUAGCCUAGCCAUCCUUCCUGGAGCCGGACUGGUGCCUGGGUGGCAGCAGGGGACCCUGGCCACCCUUCCUGGAGCCGGCCUGGUGCCUGGGCGGCAGCAGGGGCUUAGCCUAGCCACCCUUCCUGGAGCUGGCCUGGUGCCUGGGUGGCAGCAGGGGGCCCUGGCCACCCUUCCUGGAUCUGGCCUGGUGCCUGGGUCCAGCCCCACCUCUAGGAAUGCUGUUGCAGAAUCACUCCCCUGAGGUCAGGGCCCUGGACCCCAUCCCACAGACACAAGGACAUCCUAGCUUAGAGCAGAGGCAGGAGGCCCUGGAAGGGGUUUGUUAAUCUGAAGAACAUGAUAUAAAUAAACAGCUUUUAUGUAA